AUGUCUCUUCUGUCCAACAAACCUCGUCUCACACAGAACGGAGGCCUAGCGCCUACUUACGAUUCACAGUCCGAGCAACCAUUCGCAAAACCACCCGCGGCCAUCGAGUCUUGCAUACAUGAUUUGAUCGAACAGCGCUGUCAAGAACAACCUGAAGCUUCUGCAGUAUGUGCUUGGGAUGGCGGUUUUACGUAUCGGCAACUCAGUAACUUGUCUCGCUCGCUCGGUGCGUUGCUGUCUGCUCGGGGUGUUGCGCCGGAGGUCUUCGUGCCUAUCUACCUUGACAAAUCCCGGUGGACAGUUAUUGCGAUUCUAGGCAUCUUGCACGCCGGAGGCGCUUUUGCACAGUUGGUGAUAACUUCAUCUCAAAAUGCACCAGAAGCUGGCCGUCUUGCCUCAAAUGUGGUGGUUGUAAAUGAAAAGACAGUGCUGGAAGACCAGAACUCGUUUCGAGGAGCAGAUAAUUGUUUGAAACCCAACAAUGCCGCCUAUGCUAUGUUUACCUCCGGGAGUACAGGCGCUCCUAAAGGGGUGGUAAUUGAACAUCGAUCUGUCUCAUCAGGGGCCGUCGCCUACGGCCCAAAAGUAAAUCUCACCCACACAUCACGUGUACUUCAAUUUACUUCUUACGCCUUUGAUGCCUGUCUUAUGGAAAUCUUCCCCGUGUUAAUACACGGGGGGUGCGUAUGUAUUCCGUCGGAAGAGGAACGACGGAGUGACCUUGUCGCCGCAAUGGGUCGCCUGCGAGUUAACUGGGCCUUUUUCACCCCGUCUAUGGCCCGUUCGCUGGAUCCUAAGAAACUGCCGAUGCUUAGGACCUUGGCAUGUGGUGGGGAAGCCAUGGCCGCGCAGGACAGAGACCAAUGGGCUUCUCACUUGUCCUUGUUCAAUAUUUACGGACCUACCGAGUGUACUGUUGUGACCUGUGUCCAAGCUGUCGACAAGGCAGCAGAUUUGCCUAUCAAAAUCGGGUAUCCGGUCGGUGGAACUUACUGGAUAGUAGAUGAGGAUGAUGUUCAAAGUCUCUGCGCGGUAGGUCAAGUAGGUGAGCUGUUGAUCGAAGGCCCGAUUGUUGGGCGAGGUUAUAUGGAAGACGAGGCCAACACUGCUAUUUGCUUCAUCGACCGUCCCAAAUGGCUGCGGGAGUUAUGGCCGAGUGCCCGGGGCAAGGUUUAUAGGACAGGUGAUCUUGCCCGCUGCCAUGCUGACGGGUCUAUUGAAUGCCUGGGUCGCAAGGACAGUCAACUGAAAAUUCGUGGACAACGAUUGGAAGCGGCCGAAAUUGAACAUCACCUUCGCCUACACAUCUCGGUCAAGGAUGCCGCCGUGGAAUUGAUCCAAGCGAAGGAUGACCCCGGAACAUCUCUACUGGCUGCGUUUGUGGUACGCGAGGCCAGGAAUACUUGCGUUUCCUCAACGACCAAUCCGGAAGCUGAUUUACUGGCUCCAGAUGAGGGUUUCGAAAUAAUAAUUCGGCAAGUGAGGUCCAAGAUGCGACAGAUGUUUCCCGGCUACAUGAUUCCCACAGUAUUUCUGACACUAUCCUCCAUGCCUCUGAGUAUCAGCGGCAAACUGGACCGGCGGAGGCUACGACAGCUUGGGAAUUCUAAAGCCCGCCGAGAAUUGUUGAAGCUCGGUCUGGAGAAAACAGUGACGACACCGACCCGGAAUCCGAAAGAGGAAACGAUGCAACGGCUGUGGGCUGAGGUGCUGCAUUUGCCCGCGGGAUGUAUUGGCAUUAAUGAUAGUUUCUGGAACCUAGGCGGGAAUUCCAUCCGGGCGAUGAAGUUGGCUGGGGUAGCGCGCUGGCACGGGCUUACCCUAAGAGCUGAUGAGAUUUGGGGAGCCGGUACGCUAGAGGAAAUGGCAUCGCAUGCACGUAUAGACAAUCUCCCGUCGGAAGGGACGCCGGCUUUCUCGCUUUGUAUGGAUCGGAGUGAGCAGACGGAGAUAGUGCAAAGCCUAGGCCAGCAUCAGGUCAACCAGGAUGAGAUUGAAGACAUAUACCCUUGCACUCCGCUCCAGGAGGGUCUCUUUUCAUCGGCCGUCACACGUCCCGGCGUGUACACCAUAUCUUUUGAAUAUGAGCUUCCGGCCAACCUCGAGGUUGAUCGAUUCCGCCGCGCUUGGCAAGCAACAGUUGACGCCAACCCAAUCCUGCGGACACGGAUCGUGUCGGGUCAAGGUGCAUGUCUUUACCAGGCUGUCAUCCGCGAUAAUAUUCCAUGGGACACGCGAAACCCGAGCGAUGAUGUCCCCGAAGAGUGGAAAACCUGGCGGUUAGGGCGCCGAUUGAUCAGACUGGCGUUAAGUGAUUUAACAACCCCAAAGACGCCUCGCCAUUUCACGCUGGUAAUUCACCACACACUGGUCGACGGCUGGGCGCUUCCAUUAUUGCUGCAACAAGUGGAAGCUGCCUACAGAGGGGAGCAAUUACUCUCAAGGCCUUUUAGUCCUUUUGUCCGAUACUUGACAUCGCAAAGUCAGAGUGAGAUAGACCGCCAUUGGAUGGAGUGUCUAUCGGGCCUCAACACAGUCCAGUUUCCCAAGCUGCCGUCCCCUGGCUAUGUACCGAAACCGACGGGAAUGGCAACACAUACCAUUCCCAUUGUAGCAGCUUCCGACAUUGACCAAAUAACUCUACCGACUCGACUCACAAUGGCGUGGGCCCUUCUAUUGUCUCACUACACAGAUAGUCAGGAUAUAGUCUUUGGAGUCACUGUUGCCGGUCGUGGUGCGCCAGUUGAGGGCAUCGAGUCGAUGACUGGGCCCACUAUCGCUACUAUUCCCAGACGACUACUUUUGGAACCUCGAGCAACUGUGAUCGAGACCUUAAAAAGUAUUCAGGCACAGUCGCUACGUGCGAUGUUCGCGGAGCAAGCCGGGCUUCAGCGCAUCAGUCGCCUAGGCGCUGAGCCCAGCGCUGCCACCCAGUUCCAGAGUCUCUUCGUCAUUCAAGCAGACGAAGGCGAACACCGACCUUCGCCCAUGUUUUCCAAAGUCCGCAACCUCACUCGACCGGCAGAUAUCAGUACAUAUGGUAUUACAGUAAAUGCUAAGCCUUCGUCGACCUCGGUCUUGCUUGAAGUCGCCUACGACCCCCUGAUGGUUACCGAUGUGCAAAUGAAACGGCUAACUCAUCAACUGGAAAAGAUAUACCUGCAAAUUCAGCAGAUGCCUAACGCCCGCGUGGAAGAUAUUGAGAGCAUCAGUUGUUGGGAUAUGGCGACGUUGCGUAAGUGGAACAGCCAACCCCCGGUACGGGUCGAACAGUGUGCACACGAGCUCAUCUAUCAACGUACUCUGACCCAGCCUGAAGCACCCGCUGUUUGUUCAUGGGAUGGGGGGCUAUCAUACCUGGAACUUGAUUCGUACGCCAACAAUUUGGCAAAGCAUCUAGUGCGCAUGGGGGUGGGCCCUGAGACAUUUGUCCCCUUGUACUUCGAGAAAUCGUGGUGGACCACGGUCGCCAUGUUGGCUGUCCUGAAAGCUGGCGGUGCAUUUACCUUGCUCGACUUCUCACAUCCAAAAGACCGACUUCAACAAAUUUGUCAGGAACUAAGUGCCUCUAUUGUUAUCUGCUCGGAAGCGAGCGCCCCUAAUGUUGGGCAACUUGGGCCAUUGGAUAUUGUCAUCCUCGGCCCCAACCAUACCAAACUAGUUACCACUGGAUGCUCUAUGAACAUAACUUCGGCUACCCCAGACAACGCCAUGUAUGUUGUGUUUACUUCGGGGUCAACCGGCAAGCCCAAAGGGGCUGUGAUAACGCAUGGAAGUUGGUGCACUAUGACGCAGGCGGUAUACCCCAAGCUUCAUCUCAGCCAUGCGUCGCGGGUGUUGCAAUUCGCUUCCCAUGCGUUCGAUGCGAGCAUAUUCGACUAUCUCACGACGCUUGUAGCUGGCGGCUGUGUAUGUGUGCCUUCAGAGCAUGACCGCUUGUCAAAUCUUCCGAAAGCUAUCACAGAACUCGAAGCCAAUUGGGCAUUGCUCACACCCACUGUCGCACGCACAUUAAGCCCUCAAACGUCUCCUACUCUGAAGCAUCUCUUGCUAGGUGGGGUGUCCAUGACCCCGGCUGAUGUCCAGCAGUGGUCCCCUUACCUGCAGCUUACGAAUGCCUACGGCCCAGCUGAAUGCGCAGUCAUAGUUACCUUACAACAGGCCGUACGAGACCCUCAGAUGACAGCUAAUAUUGGUACUACUAGCGGGGCUGUCGGAUGGGUUGUUGAUCCACGCAAUGUCAAUCGCCUGUGCCCAGUCGGCGCUGUCGGAGAGCUGCUUGUUGAAGGACCGACUAUUGCGCGGGAAUACUUGAACCAUCCGGAAAUUACGGCGGAGGCCUUUGUAAAGGAUCCCACCUGGAUGCGCACCUUCCGGAACCGCAUGACCAGAUUGUAUAGAACCGGAGAUCUCGUUCAGUACACAGAUACAGGGGAAUUCAGCUUUGUCGGUCGCAAGGAUACGCAAGUUAAGCUGCGUGGACAGCGAGUGGAGAUAGGAGAGGUUGAACAUCACCUACGCCGCUGCUUUCCUGGUGCUCAGGGAGCAGUUGCUGACGUCCUUUCCUCCUCAGAUGGGCGAGCUGCUCUUCUGGCCGGGUUCGUCGUACGCACACCGAACCAAGAUCAAAGCCGUCUUAUCCUGGAGAGCGACACAAGCUUUUCUCGGGCAGCAGCUAUUGCGCUUACCCGGAUGAGACAGGCUCUUCCGUCAUAUAUGGUCCCAACCGUUCUGAUCCCGCUCAGUCGUCUGCCUCUUUCUUCAACAGGUAAACUGGAUCGGUGCGAUCUGCAAAGACAGGCAGCCCGGUUGUCUCGCGAACAGCUUGAUAAGUUCCGUAUGGCAGAGAAAGCCCCCCUUCGAGAACCAGAGACUCACACCCAGGCGGAGCUACGGCGACUUUUCGGGGUUGUGCUGUCGAUACCUGAGGGACAGAUCGGAGUCGAGGACGACUUCUUUGGAAGGGGAGGUGAUUCUCUAUCAGCCAUGAAAUUGGUAGCGCUCGCUCAGAGGUCGGGGUACUCUUUGACAGUGGGUGAUAUUUUCACAUACCCGCGUAUAAUUGAUCUAGCGGCGAAGACAAGCAUUGUGGACGGCAUCUGUAGUGGCGAUGUACUACCGUUCAGCCUAGCCCCGGAUCUGCGGGUGCAAGAGGACAUUAUAUCAACGCUACAGGCGCAGGCCAAUAUAGCCAGAGACCAGAUUGAGGACAUGUAUCCAUGUACCCCAAUGCAAGAGGGUCUCAUGGCGCUGACACUGAAAAGUCCCGGAAAAUAUGUCGCGACGUUGUCUUACGAUCUCGUGGAAGGGGUCGACCUAGAUCGUUUUCAAGCUGCGUGGGAUGCGACUAUUGCUGCAAACCCCAUCCUGCGUACACGGCUGACGCAGGGUCCUGGAGGCAGCUUCCAGGUCGUGGUUCGAGAGGCGCCAUUCUGGGAGAGGUAUAGCACGCGGCAGGAUUAUGAAAAAAGCGCUGCGACGGUGGCUAUGGGGCCCCAUGUACGCUUACUUCGCCUUUCCUUGAUCCAUAAUCCUCCCCGUCUAGUCGUGACUAUUCACCAUGCCCUUUAUGAUGGCUGGUCAUUGCCUCUCCUGUGGGGACAGGUCGAGGCUGCUUACCGUGGACAAACUCUUCAGCCCCGGCCAUUUUCACCGUUCAUCCAUUAUCUUCAGCAGCAGAACAACUCAGCAUCAUUUUGGCGGUCUGAAUUCGAGAAACUCAGCGCGGCUGUGUUCCCAGUGCUCCCAUAUCCGACUUAUGAGCCCACACCAAGCCAGUCUAUCCAUAGACGACAUUCCAUGACAGCAGACGUUAUGUUAAAUUUUACUAUACCGACUGCUAUCCAAUUGGCAUGGGCCAUUAUCCUGUCGUACUAUACGGACUCGCUUGAUGUCGUAUUUGGUCUAACAGUCAGCGGGCGCGCCGCAGCCUUGCAUGGCAUUGACCAACUUACAGGGCCGACUGUGGCAACUAUUCCACUGCGCAUCAAGUUAGACUUCGAUCGGUCUGUACAGGAUGAGGCGUACCAGAUCCAGAAGCAGCUGACAGCUAUGACGGCCCACGAGCAGACAGGAUUGCGCAAUAUUCGUUCACUUAGCAGUGAUGCAGACAAGGCAUGCCAGUUCCAGAGCCAUUUGGGAAUUAUUUCACUGCCCAAGUCUAGCCACGGCACCUUGGCGACCCAGGUUCAAAGCGAGCACCUGGACUACGGGGAAUUCGCAAGCUACGGUUUUGUUCUUAUCUGCCAAUUAGACCCGGAAGCGCAUGAUCAUCUGGAUAUUGUUGCCCAGUAUGACCCAGGCAUGUUGGGUGUUGACCAAGUCCAGAGGAUUGUCAUGCAGUUCGAGCACAUUCUCGACCAAAUCGUCUCUCACCCGGGCAUGUCUCUACGACGUCUCUCAGCAAUUAGUGAUCCUGAUUGGGAACAAAUGACACGCUGGAAUGCUACACUACCACCGUCAUCAGAGAGUUGUUUACAUGAUUUGGUCCUUGGCCAUGAAAUUUCCCGUUCAUCCGCACUAGCGGUUUGUGCUUGGGAUGGAGACUUGACGUUUGAACAACUAGCUUCCUCCUCUCUUACGCUAUCACAGGUACUUUGGAGCAGCGGUCUUCAGGAGGGCUCUGUUGUGCCUAUUUGUUUGGAGAAAUCAAGAUGGUCGGUCGUAUGCAUGGUCGCAAUCUUGCGAUCUGGAGCAACUGCUACGUGCAUUGACCCUAUGCUUCCAAUUGAACGGCUGCAGAGUAUUAUGGAUCAGAUUAGGCCUCAACUGGUUAUCUGCUCAAAAGAGACCGAGGGGAAGUUCAAGGGACAAUCUGUUGCCACAGUAUUGACGGUGCCCUUUCCAAUGCAAGUGCCUGCGCUCGGUUCAGGUUCUGCUGAAAAGGCCUCGGUGAGCCCCAGCUCCCCAGCAUUUAUAGUCUUCACGUCCGGAUCAACCGGACGGCCAAAGGGUAUAGUGAUGGAACAUCGGAACUUGUCAACAAGCAUUCAAUAUCACCGCGAGGCGUUGAACAUUACCCAGAAUAGCCGGAUGCUUCAUUUUGCGUCAUAUGCCUUUGAUGCUAGCAUUUAUGAGAUAUUCACAACCCUCGUCACCGGAGGAUGCGUCUGUAUACCGUCUGAGUCUGAGCGGAUGAACGCAAUUGAACAAUUCAUUGCAGACAAGCAAGUCAACGUUGCCCUCUUGACCCCAUCGAUGCUUGCCAUACUGGAUCCGGAUCAGGUACCCAGUUUGAAGACUAUCAUAUCAGGAGGCGAAGCGCUGACACGGCACGUUGCUAGUCGGUGGGCAUCUCGUGUAGCACUCAUCAAUGCUUAUGGCCCGGCUGAGACGAUUAUAUGCGCGGCAGGGCCAGUCAUCGAGGGAGUUUGGACGCCAGGGACCGUUGGCCCUGUCCUAGGCGGAGCAGCAUGGGUGGCUGCUCCUUCUGAUCCCACCCAAUUAGUCCCUCUCGGUGCAGUGGGCGAGCUCAUCAUUGAAGGGCCAAUUGUCACAAGAGGAUACUUGAACAGUCCCGAGCUCACGCGGGCAGGGUAUAUCGACGCCCCAGAAUGGCUCACUCGUUUCCGAAAUGGCCGCCCAGGCCGCCUCUAUCGCUCUGGUGACCUUGUCGAGCUUACUACUGAGGGGACAGUUCGGUUUAUCGGUCGCAAAGACACGCAGAUUAAGCUGCGCGGACAGCGUAUUGAGUUAGCUGAAGUCGAAUAUCAUGUGCGUAGGUGCAUCGGAGGUUUCGAUGCGAUUGUCGACAUUGUGAAUAUAGACGGCUCGCCGAUCUUAUUUGCCUGUGUUGUUCAGGGCAUGGCCGGCGGGAAGGCCGAAGACGGACUCUUCCUUCCUCCCACAGGCGCCUUCCAAAGGGCCAUGCAGGUCGCCGAGGUGUCUCUUCGUGAUGCUAUACCUGAAUAUAUGGUUCCAUCCGUGUUUUUUCCCAUCUCCAAGGCUCCUCAGACAACUGGGGGCAAGAUAGACCGCAAUGCUCUCCGCAAGGCUGUCGAAGGUCUUUGGCCCUCUAUAAUUCAGCGAUACACGGCCGCAGCACAACGCAGCCACCGGCAACCAUCGAAUGCACGAGAAAAGGCUAUCCAAGCCAUCUGGGCCCAUGUUUUGAAUAAGAGCCUCGAGAUGGUUGGCGUUGACGACAAUUUCUUUCAUCUCGGCGGAGACUCGAUCAGUGCGAUGCAGAUUGUCUCCCAAUUGAAAAACGCUGGGAUUCGCACCACCGUCGAGUGCAUUUUUCAACGCAGCACGAUUGCCAAGAUAGCUACAACAGCCAUGAGUGAUGUCAUCAGCCCAUCUGAUUGCGGGCAGGAAGAGCCCUGCGAUACUCCAUUUCGCCUAUCACCAAUCCAACAGCUGUUUCUGGAUAGAGUCCCGGUGCACUAUGACCAUUUCAACCAGAGCUUUCUCUUUGAGCUCCAGCGACCAGUGCAGGCUGACAAGGUAAAGCAGGUCAUACAAUACAUAGUACGCUCUCAUCCCAUGCUGCGGGCGCGAUUCUCCCGUCAUUCAGUAGGGGGCUGGUAUCAAACUAUCACCAAGGACGUGGACACUUCUUACCGGUAUGAGCAACACGUGAAUAUGACACAGAGAGAGGCCGAAACCAUUUUUAUGGAACACCAGAAGCUACUAAGCAUCGAAAAUGGGCCUUUGCUUGCUGUGGACUUGAUGAGCAUCCACGGAGAGAAACAAUGGCUGUCCAUAAUUGCCCACCAUCUCGUUGUCGAUAUCGUAUCUUGGCAGACUAUCUUGGACCAGCUGGAGCGGCUUUUAGAAUCAAAGCCUGUCACCCCAACAAGCACGAUGUCCUUUCUUAGAUGGAGCCGACUUCAAGAGGAGCAUAUAGCCUCUGAUCCGAAGAUAGGAGACUGCGCUGCUCCCUUGGCGCUUAUGGAUUAUUGGGAGCUUCCUGAAACCAGCAAUGUUUACGCUGACGCCAACCUCUACAAAAUAAGGCUCAACUACCAGGAUACUAGUCACCUGCUGGGGCCUGCCAAUGAAGCAUUUCGCACAAGACCGGUCGAAUUGCUGCAGGCGGCGCUGAUGCAUGCGUUCGUAAGGACAUUCCCGGACAGACCGACCCCAACUGUCUUCAACGAAGCCCACGGACGCGAUGCAUGGACAGAAGAUAUUGACGUGACAGGCACCGUUGGCUGGUUUACGAACAUCUGGCCCUGCCAUGUGCCUCUAGACCCCAAUACAGACCUAAUAGACGUGGUACGUCGCACUAAGGAUGGUCGACGCGAUGUCCAGGACCUUGGGCGAUUCUUUUUGGCAGCGCGUCACGGUCGAGAGUCUGCGCUGGAAAUCCUCUUCAACUAUGUCGGUGCUCUAGAGAUAGGCAAAAGAUCCAAUUCACUCUUCAAGCGGACUUCGUCGUCAAUUUCGGAGCUUGUUAAUCAGGGACCACAUGUAGGGCGCUUUGCUCUUAUUGACAUCCUUGCCGAAGUGACAGACGGAAGAUUAAUCAUUCAAUUCAUGUACAAUCGGCGUAUGAAGCACGCAGAGAGGAUCAUUAAAUGGGCAGAAAACUCUCGGGAGGCCCUGUCAAUCUUGUCCCAGCGGCUUCCCACUAUGCCUGCUCGUCUGACUCGAUCUGAUGUGCCUCUACUACGAUUGACUGACAGUCAAUUUUCUGAGUUCCAGACCCAUUUACUCAACCAUGUCGCUCUCGCUGGAAGGGAAGUGGAGGAUGCAUAUCCCUGUUCGCCCAUUCAACUUGGCAUGCUGCUAAGUCAGGCGAAGAAUUCACAGAACUAUACAAGCCGCCUAGUAUGGAGGAUGCAGGCCCAAGAUGAGAGCUCUAUCAUGGUCGACCGGCUCAUACGGGCGUGGGAGCACGUUGUAGAAAGGCACCGGCUACUUCGCACUGUAUUUGUGGACAGUCUGCGAGGGGACGGUAGUAUUGACCAGGUCGUUGUUGAGAAUGUACCACCGACUACUGUCAGUCCCGUUCUAACAAAGACAGAGAGCCUGGUACAAGUCUCAAGUCAUUGGGAGCUUUCUCCUCUGCCAGAGUUGCAUCCAACGCACCGGUUAACGGUCUGGCAGGCUUCUACAGGCUCGGUAAGCUGCGCACUUGAGGUCAGCCAUGCCCUGGUGGACGGCAAUUCGCGCCAGAUCAUUCUUCGUGACCUCCUAUUAGCAUACGACGGUAUGCUGCCUCCAGAACCGGAUCAUGUAUACAGAGAAUACGUUUUAUAUCUACAGCAACAGCCAUUACGGCCGGCCCGCAUCUACUGGGAUAAAUACAUGGACAACCUUGAGCCGUGCAUUUUCCCCAACCUAAAGGGUGGCAGUGAAAGCAUUCCAACUGAAGGAAUCGGCCGAGUGAACCGCUCGUUACGCGGAAUUUCGUCCCUCCGUAAAUUCUGCCAAAUAAACGGGCUAACAAUGGCUUCAGUCUUCCAGCUGGCAUGGGGGCUGGUCCUCCGAGCAUACGCGUGCACCGAGGACGUAUGCUACGGCUAUAUGACGUCUGGCCGCGAUACGCCAAUCGGUGGCAUUGAGGAUGCAGUAGGACCUUUUUUCAAUAUGCUAGUACAGCGGCUGAAUUUCUGUGGGAAGUCCAGCACACUCCAACUACUGCGAAAAUGCCAGUCAGACUUUGCGCACAGUCUACGCUUCCAAUAUCUGUCACUUGCCCAAGUCAUGCACAAGAAUACGCACAACCUUUUCAACUCUAUUAUGUCGGUUCAGCCGUUCAUGACGAGACUUGCACUUCCACACUCCUCGCUGAUUAUUGACAAUCAAAGUGGGGACGUUCCAACAGAGUACGAUCUGGCGGUCAAUAUUGGAAUUGAUGUAGACGACGUCCACAUAGUCAUAGAUUUUAGAUGUGGGUUACUUACCAAUGACCAGGCAGCAUUCGUCCUCGAUGCUUUCGAGCAAGCAGUGCAGGGUAUUGUGGACUUCAGCGACCAACCGGCUCGGUCAGUCCCACUUCUUGGUGGAAGGUCUUACGAGACCAUACGGAGAUGGAAUCAGAAGAUCCCGCAGCCUGUAGAGCGAUGCAUCGGCGACAUGAUCCUGGACAACUGCCGCACAAAGCCUGCCUCUCCAGCCGUCUGCGCCUGGGAUGGCGAUUUUACCUAUGCAGAAUUGGAGGCACAAUCAGCUCGACUGGGCCGUGAACUUCGUGACUGUUAUGGCGUGGGCCCCGAGGUUUUCGUUCCAAUCUACGCUAUCAAGUCCCGCUGGGUCGCCGUGGCAAUCACAGCAGUGAUUCGAGCCGGCGGCGCCUUCAUCCUCUUGGACCCCAGCCAUCCACUGCCCCGGCUACAAACCAUCUGCACCAGCGCUCGGGCUACUGUGAUAUUAGCACCCCCUCAUAGUCAGGAAAUAGCGGCCGAGUUGGUAAGUCGGGUGGCGACCUUUGGUGAAGAAUCUUGGGAAGCGGAAGGCAGUAGCGGCUAUGUGCAUGCAGGGUCAGACAUGGCCCCUGAGCUGACCCCAGACAAUGCGCUAUACGGCAUUUUCACCUCCGGGUCAACGGGACAGCCAAAAGGGGUGAUCGUCCAACAUCGGGCCUUUGCCACCUCCGCCGUCAACCAGGCUGGGACGUUGCACAUUGGCCCUCAGUCCCGCGUUUUGCAAUUCGCGUCAUUCGCCUUUGAUGGUUCAAUCGGUGAGAUACUCACAACUUUGGUCCAGGGCGGCUGCGUAUGCAUUCCCUCGGAAGAACAGCGUCAACAAGCAUUGUCCCAAGCCACAUAUGAGUUACAGGCGAACUGGGCCUUCCUGACCCCAUCGGUGGUGCGUUCCUUGCGGCCGGCCGAAUUCCCGACGCUGCGCACCCUCUUCGUUGGAGGAGAAGCAGUGAGUAGCAAGGAGGUGCAGAUAUGGUCCCCAAGGUUGAAUCUGGUUCUUGGAUACGGUCCGACGGAAUGUAGCGUAUGGUGCUCCGGCACAAUGGAUAGAUUGCGCCCUGGCUCCAACCCUCGCAGCUUGGGACGACCAUUUGGCUGUCGCAUGUGGAUUGUUGACGCUGGAUGCGUAGAUCUUCUUGCCCCUAUCGGCGCCGUGGGUGAAGUGGUGAUUGAAGGUCCCAACAUCGCUCGAGGCUACCUUAACGAUAUCACAAGCACUCUGGCGGUUUUUCUCGACGGUCCCCGGCCCUGGCUGGAUGGGAAACCGAGCCGUAUAUACAGAACUGGUGAUUUGGCGCAAUAUGGAGCGGAUGGUACGCUCCAGUUCGUUGGCCGCAAGGAUCUUCAAGUCAAGCUGCGCGGGCAGCGGUUCGAGCUGGCCGAGGUGGAGCAUCACCUUCGUCAAGUCUUCGAUCAAGCCCAGGACACUGUUGCAGAAGUAGCUACCACCGGCAAGGACAGAAAGCUAUUAGUGGCAUUUAUUCGCCUUCACCAUGCCUCCACCUCGGCUGAAUAUGAUAAAGACUCGCUAAUUGCACCUGCUACUGAUUCAUUUCGCUCUUGUGCUCAAGCUGCGGAGACGCAGCUUCGUACGCGCGUGCCAAUUUAUAUGGUACCAACAUUGUAUCUACCAUUGCAGCACGUGCCCCUGACAACUAAUGGCAAGUUGGACCGCCAUCGACUCCGAGACGCUGUGAGCACAUUCACCCUUGCGGACUUGCAGGCCUACUCUGUUCCGGCCACUACCCGCACCAAGCCGUCCACGCCGGUGGAACAAUGCCUACAGCAGAUCUGGUCUGACAUAUUGAACCGCCCUAAGAGUACAAUUGGUUUAGAAGACGACUUUUUCCGCCUGGGCGGAGACUCGAUUCGCGCCAUGGGUAUGAUUCCCGCGGCUCGAGAAGUGGGCUAUCGUAUUACCAUGGCCAAUAUAUUCAACAACCCCAGGCUCGGCGACUUAGCGCGGGUCGCAAGGUCAACCCCUGGGAUAGCAGUGGCCUCGUUGGCGCUGGCGCCGUUCGCGCUGAUCGAGAAUUCGAGAGACUUUAUAGAUACCGCAGCAGAGCGCUGUGGCAUAUAUCCUCAUCAAAUCGAGGAUAUCUAUCCCUGCACGCCACUGCAGGAAGGCCUCAUGGCCUUGUCCAAUAAAAUCACCGACCGUUACAAGGUGACUUUCCGGUACCAGCUUGAGACUCAGGUCGAGCUCGAACAAUUUCAAACCUCCUGGGUUGCCAUCGCUGCGAUCAAUCCCAUUCUUCGGACGCGCACGAUACAAUCAGACGAUCACCCCGGCACGUUUCAGGUGGUUCUGUUCGAUUCACCCCAUUUCCACAUUUUCGAAAGCCAGGAAGAUUGCGAUGAACACAUCCGUGAUUGUCAAAUGACGCUUGGUAAUGCAUUGGUUGAUUUCUCAUUGAUCUGUUCGCAUGAUUCGGACGCCGUACAAUUUUACCUGACAAUGCAUCACGCCGUGUAUGAUGGGUGGACACUCCCAUCUCUGUGGACACAGGUAGAGGCGCACUACCGACAUAAGAGCAUGCCACCUCCACCUCCCUUCAAUCAAUUCAUUGAAUAUGUCCAGUUUCAAGCCAACGUAGCAGCUGAGUAUUGGCGCAAUGAAUUCUCUGACCUGUCUGCUCCUGUCUGGCCUACAUUGCCUUCAGCACGCUAUGCACCAGUGGCAGACGCCUCCCUACAUCAGACCAUUACCGGCCUUCGCGGCGGUGACUUAGAAUAUACCACCACAACAUUCAUCCAUCUGGCCUGGGCCAUGGUCAUGUCAUAUCAGACCGACUCUGAUGAUCUUGUCUAUGGCGUCACUCUAAACGGACGCGGUACGCCGUUGACCGGUAUUGAGGAUAUGACCGGGCCCACCUUCAGCAGCUUCCCGCUACGUAUUCAAUUAGGGCUUGACUGCGACACGGUAGAGGACGCUUUGUCUAAGAUCCAGCAGCAGGCGGCAGAUCGAAUACCCUUCCAGCAUUUUGGGUUACAGAAUAUCCGGACUACAAGUCCGGAGGCCGUACGGGCGUGCCAGUUCCAAUCCUAUUUGGCCAUCCAAGCCGCGCCUCCAUCACAGAAAGCAUCUAGUCUGUUUGCAGAGUUACGAGAUGGCCGUGAGGACUACGGCGCACUUGCAGAGUAUGCCUUCGUGAUGGUCUGCCGUCUGAAUGACGAGGAUACAUCCUCCAUGCAGGUGAUUGUGAAUUAUGACCCACAGGCUAUAUCGUCUGCGAUGGCCAAGAGAAUUGUAGGACAAUUCUCCCACAUACUUCAACAGCUCCCUAAGAAUAUGCAAACCCCGCUAAAUCAACUUAAUCUUCUUAGUCCUGACGACAAGAAUCAGCUAUCUGCAUGGAAUCGUGAGCUUCCAUCGCCUUUAGAUGUGUGUCUGCACGAUCUCGUGCGCGCACAUGCCACUGUAGCCCCUGAUUCGGCGGCCAUCUGUGCAUGGGAUGGGAAUCUCACGUAUGCGCAGCUGAUGGCCCUCUCCGGACAACUCGCUAAUCAGCUGCGCGUUCUUGGUGUGCAUCCUGGCGCUCUGGUGCCACUGUGCUUCGAAAAGUCCAAAUGGACCGCUAUCGCCAUGUUGGCUGUUCUGCGAGCUGGCGGUGCAUGUGUGCCUUUAGAUCCAGGACACCCUCCUCAUCAUCUUCAGAACAUUGUUCGCCGUACAAACGCUAAGCUCAUUCUGGCGUCCCACAAAACUCGUCAACUAUUCCGUGGAAAGUGUGAUGCUAGGAUCGCAACCAUACCCUUACAGGGAGUGGCAGCACAAGCAACCACUGAAUCCUGGCCAGCGCCCUCCUGCCAUGAUGUUGCAUUCGUCAUCUUCACAUCUGGCAGCACGGGUGAACCAAAGGGAAUCCUCAUAGAGCACGUUGAUCUCUGUACAGGAAUUCGACAUCACAGCCCGCCGAUGCGCAUUAAUUCUUCGACUCGCGCGCUGCAUUUUGCCUCUUACGCCUUUGACGCCAGUAUCUAUGAACUGUUCUCUGUGUUAGCCAACGGCGGCUGUGUCUGUAUUCCAUCUGAUUCGGACCGUCUUGGCAAUCUGGCUGGAUUCAUCCGCGAGGCGCAGGUUAAUUUUGCACUAUUGACGCCUUCGGUCAUAGAUCGCCUGGUGCGACCGGAGCUAGUUCCAAGGCUUGAUACAAUUGCCUUUGGGGGUGAGGCAGUGACCCAGGAUAUUGUCGACCGCUGGUCACCAAAUCGCAGGUUGAUCAAUGCAUAUGGACCUGCAGAAGCAACGAUCUGUGCUGUUGGCGAUGUUAACCCCUGUUCUUGGACCGCCGGCACGAUAGGGCCCGUUAUUGGAGGUGUUGGAUGGGUCACUAUGCCGUCGGAUGUGUCUCGUCUUGCUCCCGUGGGUGCUGUAGGGGAGUUGGUGAUCGAAGGUCCGGUUGUCACCCGUGGCUAUCUAGAUGAUCCAGAACGAACCACCGCAGCCUAUAUCAGUCCGCCGGGUUGGUUGACUCGAUUCCGGGGUAAAGAAAGGCCAGGUCGUCUCUAUCGCACCGGAGACUUGGUACACUAUACCGACGACGGAGGGAUUCGUUUUUUAGGUCGAAAAGACACCCAAAUCAAGUUGCGUGGUCAGCGCAUUGAGCUAGCACAUGUCGAAUACCAUGUACGACAGUGCUUCCCGGAGGCAGCAGAGGUCAUCGCCGAAAUUGUCCUGCGCGAAGGAGGAAACCCUACACUGAUCGCAUUCAUCGCUCUGACGCUGUCUGAUGGCGGUAAAUAUGCAAAUGAUCAAAGCGAUGCUUAUCAUGACAGCGGCUUGUUUCUCAGAAGCUGCACAUCGUUCCGGAGGCAAGUUGAGGCAGCUACCGCUCGCCUACAAUCUCUCUUGCCUGCAUAUAUGGUUCCUGCCAUGUUUUUACGUCUGGCGCAUGUCCUUCGAACAAGAAGCGAUAAAUUGGACCGACGACAACUUCGUGAUCAAACCUCCCGCCUUUCCAACGAUCAAAUCCGGGCCUUGUCGGCGGGAGCGGAAGGGAUAUCAAGCACCUCGUAUCCUCCUCAGACGGCGCGGGAGCGCUUGUUUCAGCAGCUUUGGGCCACGGUUUUGAAGGUCCCGCUGAAUAGGAUUGGAAUCAAAGAUGACUUUUUCGAAUCGGGCGGCGACUCCAUCCAGGCCAUGAGAAUGGUUAGUCUGCUACGAAGAGAAGGGUUGAGUCUGAAUGUGUCUGACAUCUUUGCGUGGCCAGUGCUUGAAGAGCAGGCUCGCGGUGCACGGGAGCAUAGCAUAGGCCUAGUGGAUGUAGAGGCCUACCAUCCGGGGUCACUACUCAAUAUUAAAACCGCAGACCUGCAAACGUUUGCCACACGCGAAUUAGAUUAUCCCUUCAAUACCUCAGUCUCUGGAUGGUUUACAGGCUUGGAGGUCGAAGAUAUUCUUCCCACAACAGAAUUUCAGCGUCAGUUCCUGGAGCACCAGCAGAUCCAUUACAUACAGCUGCACCUGCCGGUGGAGAUGGAUGCGGAACGCUUAGAGAAGGCGUGCCGCGCCGUCGUAGACAAGCACCCCAUGCUUCGGUCUGCGUUUCUGCCCUAUCAAGAGGGUUAUGUACAGGUAUUGUUCCGGCGCCUCAGGUUUGACUUCAUCCAAGUAUCGUGUGAUGAGGACUUUGACGCUUGUAUUGAGCGUCUUUGUGUGGAAAACGCCUCGGCCGGGGUCGCUUGGGGAACCUCAUACUUCCAAACUCUGCUUGUCUCGCAAUCUCCGUCGAAUUCAGUUCUAAUCAUGCGCGGUAGCCAUGCUCAAUUCGAUGGAGAAUCGAUGCCCCUGAUAAUUCAGGAUCUAAUUUCGGUAUAUGAGACAGGGCAACUCGACAAGGUCACUCCGCCGUCUUUUGCGCUGUACUUGCGGCACCGCCAGAUACAGGCAAACCCACGCACAUAUAAAUUCUGGAAGCAGUAUCUGCGGGAUGCUGCGAUGACCACUCUCAACCUCUCGGGAUCAGACAGCCACCUUCCCCUCAAUGUCCGUCGAACUAUUCCUCUGCCUACACCACCCCGCGGAGUCACGAUGUCAUCUUUCAUAAACGCCGCCUGGGCCGUGGUUUUAGCUCAAGUCACCAGCCAACGGGAUCUUGUGUUCGGUCACGUCCUAAACGGACGCGACAUGCCCGUCGCCAGCAUCCAUGUUAUGUCUGGGCCAUGCGUUACUGUCUCCCCAAUUCGCAUAACCAUCCCCUCGUCUUCUUCCAAUAACCAAGUCCUCGAUUUAUUGUAUCAUGUACAGCACCAAUACACGCAGACCUUGCCAUAUGCGGGCAUUGACUUUGAGACCAUUCGCCAACACUCGACGUCAUGGCCCGCGAAUGUAUCCUUCGGCAGUCUUUUAACGCAUCAAAAUGGCGCCCACAGAUCGAACUACACAUUCCAGGGAGUUGAAUGUACUUUGAAGACUCGGGUCAUAGGCGACGUGCCCCAGUUUCAUGUAGUCACGGUUCCUUUGCAGGAUCAGAAUCAACUGAUUGUGUACCUUGACAUUUCUAGUCGGCUGGGAAGUUUGGAAGAUAUUGAGGAUUUGUUGGAGAGGUUUUGCUCUGCUAUUGCAGAUCUAGAUCGUGGAGUGGUUCCUCUUUGA